GCUCUAAAAGCCCGGGAAGACGGUCGCUUAGCAACCGCCGCCGGUUCCUAAACAAACCUGACACGCGGCGAGAGGGAACCCGCGAUCUGCUUUUGCUGCCGCCACUGGAUCGCCCAUCCUCUGGAGCAUGCCAACCACCAGGGACCCCUUUCCAUUCCCACACUAUGAAAAUGAAGAGACCUGCACGGGCAACAACAGAUGUACCCAGGUAAGAGGGUCACCUAUUAAGAAUGCCCUCACCCAUUUAAAACAUUUUUAAAUGCACCCCUUUACAUUUAUAUUAACAAAGCGCCUAAAGUCAUCCUCAUCGGAGGGCUCAUGCUAUUGAACCUCUUUGGUAUUAAUGCAACACUUGCUUCUACCUGACCUCAUUGCUCUACCGUCAGGUGGGAAAUGUUAUUUGAUUGUAUUUUUUUAUCCUGCUUUUCAGACAAAUAUUGCCACCUAAAGAAGCUCAGGUCAAUUGUUUGUUUCAUUUUUCCGUAGCUUUUAGAAGAAAAAGUCUCAAAACAGUUUGAAAAUACAGCAUGUAUAAACUAUUUAAAAGCAGAGGAAAAAACACUAGCAGAGAAGUCUGAACCUGGCAACUAACAGAUUUUAUUGCUUGGUUUUUUUGUAAAUUGCUUUGAGGUUUUUUACGAUCAAGCAGUGUACCAAUUUUAUGUAACAAACAAAUAAAUAAAAACUGAUGAAAAUGAUGGCAGGCAUCUCUCCCUAGCAACAGCAUUCCAUAGACAAGAACACAAUGGAAAAGGCCUUUUGUUGUGUUUGAAUUUUUUUUAGAGACACAAGACUUUACCUCAGGCUUACAAACAACAACAAAAAAUAGUUUCAAACCAGGCAUUUAUACGCACAUUUGGGCCAGGCCAUUCUUCGCUUGUGGUGUUUUUCACAGAAAUGCAAAGGAAGGAUGCAAAAAGAGAGCCCAUUUAUGCUGAAGUUCAACCAAACUAUUAACCUGGAUUAAAAGGGUUUUGAAUGGGAGGAAUGUUAUAGUCCUGCUUAACUUUCACUGGGUAGAGGAAACUUCUUAUAAAAAAUAAAGAUUGAUAAAAAGGAAACUGAGAGGGAAAGCCAAAGCAAGAGGGUUAAAUAUCUUCAGAACACUUGGGAAUGAGGGAGGAAGGGUUAUCCAAAACUACAGUAAUAGAAGCUGAGCUAGUACAUAUACUGCAGAUCAGGAAAGACGUCACAAAAUCCAAAAUAAGGCCAGAGUGAUUAGCAAAUGAGAACAAAAAAGACAAUUUUUUGUAAAACAAAUGCAAGCAGACAAUGCAAAAGUAAGGCAUUGAGGAGCAAAUAACCAAAACCAUUAGGACUAACAAUAAUAAAAUGCUUUCAAUACACCAGAAUCUGGAAAGCAACUAGAGAAGACCCUCAGUUUACAGAUUUAACUGGCCCUUGGACCUCUCCUCAAGCCACUCCCCUCUCCUGGGCCACCCCCUUACUUGGCUCCCUGAGCAUUUCCCCCUGAUUGCAGUUUGUCCUGGAACUCUGAUAAUGCCUCUUGCUUGCUUGUGUGCGCAAGCCAUCCUAUUGUAGAAAGGUAAAAUGUGCAUAUGUUGCUUUGCCUACUUUUGUCUCUGCCUCCAGCCACCACUGGCAUAUGGCCCUCAGAAGGUUCCAGAGAAGGGAAUGUGUCCCUUGGGCUAAGAAAGACGCUUCCCUACUCCUGCCAAGGAGUAUUUGUCCUGAUUUACUGGCCGCACUGAGCCAAUCUUUGACUUUGCACAAAAAUGCAGGCUCCCAGAGAGGAGCCUGCAGCCACUUUCUUCGUCCACACUCUUUAUUUAUUUGCUGCAAAAGAAAAAAAGGGGGCUGGGAGAAGUGGCCCAAUGACGCAGGCAGCACUUUCCUUCUUCUCCACUGUCACUCACCAGGAAAUCUAUUUUCAUGUGGUCAUAAAACUACCUCUCCGCAUCCUCAGAUUAGGAUGCACAUUACUGGUAGCCCUGGGAACAUCUAAGAGAACCCCUCUGACCCACCUAUCCCACAAAUCUACCUUAACUUCAGUUGCGUUUGACUGGCUGGCUCCAGGUGUGAAUCAGCAGUGACUUGUAUGUUCCUGGCCAGAUUGACUGGAGGGCACAUCAACAUAAGGAAGCAGCUAUUUAAACUGGCUUUUGAGUGCCAGGUGGCACUUUGGAAGACAGAAGGCAAUACUGGAAGAUGUUGUCACAAUGCACUAACCUCAGAUAAGAAUGCACAUUAUCAAUACAUUCCUUUUCCAAGCAAGAUAAAGGACUCCAUCCAUUCCCUUUCAACAACUUGGGUGAGGGAGCACAGAGAAGCUCCCUACCCCAUACAUUAUACUCUUUCCAGUAAUGGAAGAAAGUGUAAGUACAUUGCAAGGAGGAUUGUGGGAAUAGAGAAAAUACCAAAUUUUAUCAAAGGAUGGUUCUAAAAUCUCAAAGCGCCACAAUAUAUUUUGGGACUGCUGAAGCCACUAAUUUUACACAAAUGCACUUUUAUGAAAAAGUACUUUUAAGAGUAACUUGGAAACUCUAGACGACAAGACUACUAGUCUCUACAAAUAAAUGUAGCCUCAGCAAUAUAUAAGUGCUCCUCGCUUAAAACACUUCUCGCCCUUCUCUUUAAACCAGAGGCUGCUUCCUGGUGGCCUGCACACAGCAGCAAAUCCACAGCACGUGGUCCAUCUGUUGCAACCUGUUGCCAUGCCAAGGCUGUCUUGCCAGGCUUUGCUCACUCCUUUUGAGGAAGAACAGUGGCUCAGUGGUAGAGAUUCUACUCUGAUUGAUUGACUGGUUUUAUUUCUACCGCUUAGUAUAUUAAAAUAUAUCUAAGUGGUGUACAAAGGAUGGCUGGCUAGCAUCCAUUGCCACAGCUGUGUCCCCUUCAGCUGCAUUCUCCACCCCAGUUCCAGGUACAGUAAGUUUGUUGAGUUUCCCAGGGUGUCUAGAGAAUGGAAAAAGCCCCCCCCCCCCCGUUGUUCCUUCACCCUCUUGCUCUGUCCUACUCCUCCAGCCACUUUGCAUGCAGAGGGUCCCAGGUUUAAUUUCCAGACAGAGACACAGACCUCUGCCUAAAACACUGAAGACCCUCUGCCAGUCCAUGUAGGCAAUGCUAAGCUAAAUGGACGGAAGGUCUAAUUUAAUAUAAUGUAGCUUCCUGCGUUCCCAUCUCAGAGUAUAGAAGAGAAAUGAUGUGAGGUGAAAGAACUCAUGAUGCUGCCUCUUCUGCCAAUGUGCUGUCCUCUACUCUGAAAAUAUGAGAACCAGCAGGUUGGGAGUGUGUGUGUGGUCGUUGAUAGGAGGAAGGUCAUUUCAGCUACAGGUCAGAAGACAAGAACUCAUUUUUAACCUCAUGUAAAUCAUCCCAUAGACCCUAAUCUAGCACAGGCAGCAGUGUCAGGCAUAUCAAUUUUGGCUUUAUAGAUUUGAUUUUAUGUACUUAGCUUACUCACAGCCAUGUUCACUCUUGCACGAAGCUUUAUGAAUGAGCAUGGGUUACUGUUCACCCAGAAAAAAUACUGAUAAUGAGCGCUAAAAUGCAUCAACUGUUACCCAAAAUUUGCUGAUGGCUGAAGAUUAGCAAAUGUGGCAUCAGUUCCCCAGAACACAGACACAGCAUCCAUACCAAGAACUUGUGGAAAACAGAAAUGUCUAAAACAGCGUAGGGCCUGGGUCCAAAAGGCCGUGGGAGAAAGGGGUAAAAGCAGCACCCAAUAUACAACCUCUUCUACAGCAGCUUCUAUAUGCACUUAACAAGAGCUCCAAAUGCACAUCCCAACUACUUUUGUUGCUCACUGGGUAACUAUGAGAGAGAAAGGGGCAUAAGCGAAAGUGUUACUUUAUAAUUUGAACAGUAAUACUACUCAGUGAGGCACAAUGCCUCAUUUUGGUUUCAGAUUGGUCAUUCUGAAAUAGCACUGCACAGGGUUGGCCCACCUCACAAGUAACUUGGCUGGCAGGGUCCAUCUCCUCAGGCUGAACAAGUUUGCAAUCACUCCUUUAAGUCUCUUAUACUUCUUAUUGAUCCAGAAAACUCCCUACUGUAUGCCUACUCAUCUUGCACAGCAACGAGACCCCUGGAAUCGACUACAUGGAACACCUACGCUAGCAAGCAUCAGAAGAGAAAUCUGGUAUACAGAACCUGAGGUACGGUAAAAAUAUUCACCUAAUGCUACCAUCCUUUGCUUGUGUUGCAAGGCUCUUUUGCUUUGCCCUUAAUCGAAAUAGGUUGGCUUUCAUACACUGUCAGAUUUGCUUUUAAAUGGGCUACACUUUGACCCAUCAACACUUGUAGUUGCACUGUGUACUUAAAGCAGACUUAUAAAAACAUCAAUACAGUGGUACCUCUGGUUACGUACUUAAUUCGUUCCGGAGGUCCGUACUUAACCUGAAACUGUUCUUAACCUGAAACACUUUAGCUAAUGGGGUAUCCCGCUGCUACCGCAGCGUGAUUUCUGUUCUCAUCCUGAAGCAAAGUUCUUAACCCGAGGUACUAUUUCUGUGUUAGCGGAGUCUGUAACCUGAAGUGUAUGUAACCCGAGGUACCACUGUAAUGAUUUCCCCAUCCCUCCUUAAAUGCCUAGGUUUCCAAAGACAGUCUGGAUUUUAACCUCAGUGCCCUGUACAAUCACCACGAAGACCUGCUUAAAGACAAGAGCAAGGUAGUUCUCCAUAAGGAGACCCUAUUUGAUGACCAUGGGUAAGUGUAAUUCAUUGCUCUUGUAGAAUUCAGCAAACAGCAUGACUCUCCACAGGAUUUGCAUGAGCCAAAGGUGCAACAUUUGUAGCUAUGAGGCAGGUUGUUUCUGUACUUUACUGAAAACGUUUCUUCAUCUAUGUGCAGAUGAGACACACCAUUCUCCUGCCACAGUAAAACAGUGCAGGAAGUGCUUCUGCUUUGGCUUGUAUUGCAUGGGUAUCCCAUAUCUUAUCCAUCUGCACUUGCAGUAAUAGGCACGUACAGACAAUGCUGAAGCAAGCAGCUUUGCACUGCACACUGGAAACCCAAGCCAGUGAAUGUUACCUUGGCAAAAUAUGGGUCUCUACUUACUUAGCACUCUAUAUUGUCUUAGGGUGCUUCUCAGUGAGAGCACACCUACAGAUCUUAAAUCACUUUAAUGCUUACAGAUACAAAACAAAAUUCAUACUCCAAUGCAAAAAAUAUGGAAGUGAUGGCCUCUGCCCAGAAUUUAUUACUUUCUUGCAUGUUAACACAUGUUCUCACUCUUGUUUUUGAGACAACUGAAGGGUUUAGAGCCUGUGAAGGAACGCACAGCAUCUUCGAUUCAGCAGCCUACUUCCAAGGGUAUAUCUGUGAGACACUGGGUCAACCCAGUAAGAGAGUCAAUCCACAACAUUGAAGGAGCUAUUGGUAAGCACAAGUUGUAGACAUUCAUUUUACCUCUCCUAAAGAAUUACCCCAAAUCCCCGCGAUGGGGUGAGCUCCCGUUGCUCAGUCCCUGCUCCUGCCAACCUAGCAGUUCGAAAGCAUGUCAAAGUGCAAGUAGAUAAAUAGGUACCGCUCCAGGUGGUAAGGUAAAUGGCGUUUCUGUGCACUGCUCUGGUUCGCCAGAAGCGGCUUAGUCAUGCUAGCCACAUGACGUGGAAGCUGUACGCCGGCUCCCUUGGCCAAUAAAGCGAGAUGAGCGCCGCAACCCCAGAGUCGGUCACGACUGGACCUAAUGGUCAGGGGUCCCUUUACCUUUAAAGGGAGUAAGAUCAUAAAUCCAUAGUGACCAGCUCGUGUUCAGCAAAUCUAACUCCUACCUAGACACCCUACUCUCCCAGGUCCUUUUUAAUUAUUUUGAAUAUCAAGCUUCUUUUAUUUACAUUAUAUAAUCAUAUUCUUCAACCUAUCCCUGUGUUAAAAACUAAUACAUUCAGAGUAGAUGUACUUUUAAAAUCAGGGUGAUGAAAGCUCCUCUACAUUUAUAUUCUGCUUGAGAAACCACUGAAAUGAAUGGUGUGGAUCACACUUUAAACUAGACUGGAGAAAAGUCUUUAAAAACAUUGUUGGCCACUAAUUGAUAAGAAAUUUAGAGCUAAGCAGAACACGUGCAGGUUCUGUGCAUUCAUUUAGAUCUCCAUUUUUUUUUUUCUGUUAUGCUGCUUAACAUCAUCUGGAAACUUUUGAAUUGAUGGUUUUCAAUUUAACACAAGAAAUUAAGAGCUUCCUCUUAAAUUGAUGUGUGGUACUAUUUAAGCUCUGAUUGGAAAAUUUCUCAGUGUAUGGAAUACUCAGAAAAAGUUGACUGUGACUUUUGUCUUUUCAGAGUCUCAUCACACUGCAGCCACUAACAGUGGAUACUCACGCAAAGAGAAUGGUGGGAUCUUCUACCACUAAGGGUUUGGCACGGCCAUGAUUGCUGCUUCUGUCCUUUCAGCCUGUGUUUACGUGUACCUGAGUUAAGUCUUCAAUGUUUGCUUUCCUUUUAGGAUCCUUGAUUAAACCAUCCAGCUUCACUGAAUUCUAGUAGCAGCACAGCUAUACUGUUCCCCAGUACUGUACUUGAGAGGAACAAACUGCUUCUUGCCUAUCAGCAAAGUCCAAGUUAUCAGGCCUAGUAAAUCCAGAGAUUUUGGUUAGGAAUUGAAUCAGUUACAGUAAUCUGAACUGAAGUCCAAAAAGGACAGCAUUUAGAAACUAUCACUUUAGGCAGGCAGUGCAUUGCACUCUCACAAUGAAAAAUGCCAAGGUUAAACUGUUGUAAAAGCCAUUUCUCUACUAAUUCAGGCGGCUAGCUAGUUUCACUAUGUUUAAAAAGGGCACUGCACAUAUGGACAGGAAUGCCCAUCUUUAUUACUACUGAGUCUUUAUUACUACUGAGUCUUGUCUAUGGAAACAAGUCCAAGGGCUGAACCCUUACAAGAAUUAAAGCCAAUAGUACAGUGGUACCUCAGAUUACGAACUUAAUUCAUCCCGGAGGUCUGUUCUUAACCCGAAACUGUUCUUAACCUGAGGUGCGCUUUCACUAAUGGGGCCUCCCGCUGCCGCCCUGCAACUUCCGCUCAUAUCCUGGGGCAAAGUUCGCGACCAGGAGCAUGUACUUCCAGGUUAGCGGAGCUCAUUACCUGAAGUGUUCAUAAGGAGGAUGGUACAUAACUAGAGGUUCCACUGUAUGUUUAACAUUCAAGAAAAAAUACACUCAAAUGAGAACAGGCCAAUUAUUUCUCAAUUUAGCCUAGCAAGCAAUCUCCCUAAGCAUGUCUUCCUCCUCUUGACUCCAAAAGUACAUGAAAAUGCUGGCAGGUAGAAGGAAUUGUAGAUUCCCUUUGUCAUUUUGAGAACUUAAAAUAGGAGUCUUAGGCGAGGCCUGCUUUCUGUAAUUUUAACCCCCAGAGGCCAUUUUAAUUGUUACUGUAUUAUCAGCCUCCACAUGGUGGCAACAAUUUGAGAAGCAGCCCUAUAAGCCACGGGCACAGCUUGGGAAACAUUGCAUGGUUCCACAGAAGGAACCACGGAACAUGCAAGCAUCAUGAACUCUUUGAACAGAGCCUGCAAGUGUCCGUUUAUAGCACAAGGAAGAGGCUUAUGGCACCUUAAGGACUUAACGAAGAGCUUUCUUGGACUACAACCCAUCUCACCAUCAGUCCACUAGAUGGAAUGAAGUCGGGGGUGGGGGGAGCAUGCCAGAAUUAAUUGUUCCAAGUUGUUUUCGCACCGCGAAUUCCAUUAGCAUUUAUUGGGAAGGCCUUUUCAGGAAAGCCAGCAGCCUUGUGCGAGGGACGGGGAUGGAGAGCGGGAGUCGUUGUCGCAGCAAAGGAAGACGCCCGAGGCAGGAACAAAGGAGCGGCUCAGGCGGAGCUGCUGCGGUGGAGCCGGAUCAGAAUCGCUCCGAUACACAUUGGCCAGGAGGAGGGGGAAGGGAACCCCCCCGCAGCCUCCAGCCUCGUCUAUCUGAUCAGUUCAUCACCUCCGGCUUAAAACGCCGCCCGCUCGCUUCACCUGCUUCACUGCACAGCGCCCGAGGGCUUCGCAGGGAGAAGGGUUCUUCUCAUCUCAGGCCUGGGGAGGCGGCAGCAUCCCGGCCCGAUCAAAUAAGAUCAACGUGUAAAUGAGGAAAGAAGUGCCGUAGCGCAGGGGCUCCACACGCGCGCCACUCAACCCAUGCACACGCCUCACGCAGCGCACGUACCCCCUAGCAUCCCCACACAUACCUUCCGCGCCCCACCACAGCCACACACCACUCGCUCUGCCCCUGGCUAUUCUCUGAAGAAGCGCCUCGCGCCCCGCCUCCGGCUUUUAUACCCCAGCCCCGUUGCAUGAUGGGAACCGCGCAGAUCGCGUUCUCGCGGUCCCUGCUGAGUGCCCCGCCUCUUCCGAGGCACCCUCAACUAUCAAGAGAGGGGCGGGGUUUGUGGAUUCGCACAUCCUGUUCGCUCAUAGCCUCCCCAACCCCGGAGACUCCGGGAUGCAAGUGGGCAAGUUCCCUGAAGGAAAUCGGGGUGACAUUCAGAAUUCUGGCGUAAUCUGUGGCUGGGCAGCGGCUUGUGUUCCCUCCCAGCCCCCAAAACAGCAGUAAAACUUGGAAGCGCUCGUGCUGCUUAAAGAAUGUUUCCCCCCCGCCCUUCGCCAGCUGCUGUCACCACCGAGGGCAAAAUAACUGACCUUUAUGGGAAUAAAGUUAUGGUAGACAAGCUAGCCAGCCGCAGAUUCGCUGCCCUGCAUUUUUACUGGAGACUCGAGGGCAAACUUUAGAAAUCUUUUUCUUCGUCCGUUGCCAUGCUACCGAGGGGAAAGCCAUGGUCUGGGUUAUCCUUGCAUCCAAAACCAGCUUGUGAUUUGUCUCCCAUACAACGCACUGUUGUUGUUUAGUCGUGUCCGACUCUUCGUGACCCCAUGGACCAGAGCACGCCAAGCACUUCUGUCUUCCACCGCCUCCCGCAGUUUGGUCAAACUCAUGUUUGUCGCUUCAAGAACACUGUCCAACCAUCUCGUCCUCUGUCGUCCCCUUCUCCUUGUGCCCUCCAUCUAUCCCAACAUCAGGGUCUUUUCCAGGGAGUCUUCUCUUCUCAUGAGGUGGCCAAAGUAUUGGAGCCUCAGCUUCACAAUCUGUCCUUCCAGUGAGCACCCAGGGCUAAUUUCCUUAAGAAUGGAUGCGUUUGAUCUUCUUGCAGUCCAUGGGACUCUCAAGAGUCCUCCAGCACCAUAAUUCAAAAGCAUCAAUUCUUCGGCGAUCAGCCUUCUUUAUGGUCCAGCUCUCACUUCCAUACAUUACUACUGGGAUCCCUUCAUGGAUCACUGCCUUGCCGUGGCGAAGGGGCUUGAAUAACUCAGAGAAGCUAUGAGCUAUGCCGUGCAGGGCCACCCAAGAUGGACAGGUCAUAGUGGAGAGUUUUGACCAAACGUGAUCCACCUGGAGCAGGAACCGGCAAGCCACUCCAGUAUCCCUGCCAAGAAAACUCCAUGGACAAAGGCAACAACGCACUGUUAGCCAAGAACAAAUCUUGGCUUUGGGCCAUGGUUUGUCUGGCGCAAGAAAGCCCUGUUUUAUUUCCAAGCACACACACACUCUCUUGUUCACUUAGCCAUUGUUUGCCUUAGCUGCAAGAACUGGGCUUGCUUUCACCAUUACAAGAGAUACAAGCAUAAUCAGAACAAAAGUCCCAUUAUGUUAUAUAAAAUUGGUUUCCUAGUAAAUUCUAAAAAUAAAUGUACUUGGGCUUGCGGCUGAAGUCUCUGUAAUAACAGUAAAAUAUAUUAGAAGCUACAGCUGUUUUCAUAGCCAUUCCUACAGAAUACCACUUUCCAAUUAUCCACAAUGGGAAAUGGAAAAAGACCCACUGCAUAAAGAGCUGAGGGGCUGUAAGUGGACACUUAAAUGGUAUGCAGUGCAAUACUUCAUUUGCUGUAACUAGAGUUACAAUUCUAACAAUACUCACUCUACUAAAUUUAGCAGCCCUGGUUUAGUAUUAUGAGAUAUUCCAAAUCCUCCUGAAAUCUGCCUCCAGGGACACUAAAACCCUCCAGACCAAAUUUUGAGGUCACACAAAGGACUGCCACAGGGGUAAAGAAAGACAGAGACCAUUCUGAUCGUGCAUGGACAUCUUUGGAUAAAACUCAUAGAAUUUUGCAAUGCAGUGCUAGCUUUUCAAUGGAAGGGCAGAUGGAAUAACACCAAAAUAAAGAACAUAAACAGACGGCCUCCAAUGGUGAACCGGGGAUGGUUUAUUUGCCCAAUAAACCAUUGCCCAAUGAUUUAUUUGCCCAGCUUGUUGACUUUCUCAGAGGCAGCUUUUACUCUUGUAAAAGCAAACAAACCAGAAGAUCAAAAAGACGUG